AACUCUUUUCUCACAAUCUCAUGGAUCACAUUCUUCAAUUCUCAUUUCAACACUCAAAAACUCCUCCAAAUUCACUUUUAAUUUUACCAUGAAUUGCCAUCUCCUUUAACUCAUCAAGCUUCCUCUUUUGGUACAUUUCAUGCCUCUUUACUCCUGUAUUUUCAAUAAAAACCGAGUCUUGAUUAAUAUGUACACAUAAUUAUAUGAUGGUGUGGAUGAGAGGAUGAGUGGGACAUCAGUCCUUCACCACCACUGCUUGCUCUUCACACCACCAGAAGAUCAACCCAAAACCAAAACCCCUGAAGUUGAUUUAAGAUUGAAGGAGCAAGAGUGCUUAUCCCUCUUAAAAAGAUGCAAGAGCUUGGAAGAUUUCAAGCAAGUUCAUGUUCAAGUCCUCAAGUGGGGUUUGUUUUUCAACCCCUUUUGUGCAGGCAAUCUUGUGGCUACUUGCGCUCUCUCAAACUGGGGUAGCAUGGACUAUGCCUGUUCAAUUUUUAAACAAAUCGAUGAACCGAGUGCUUUUGUAUUCAACACUUUGAUCAGGGGAUUGGUCAAGGAUGUCAAUUUUAAAGAAGCUUUGUUCCUUUACAUUGAGAUGCUGGAAAGUGAAGUGAAGCCUGAUAAUUUCACUUAUCCAGCGCUUCUAAAGGCAUGUUCAGGGAUGCAAACAUUGGAGGAAGGAAUGCAGAUUCAUGGUCAUGCGAUUAAGCUUGGAUUCGAAGGCGAUCUGUUUGUACAGAAUGCUUUGAUCAACAUGUAUGGAAAGUGUAAGGAGAUUGAGUUAUCCUAUACCAUUUUUGAGCAAAUGGAUGAAAGAAGUGUUGCAUCUUGGAGUGCUAUAAUUGCUGCAAAUGCUAGCAUUGGUUUGUGGUAUGAAUGUUUAAUGCUUUUUGGGGAUAUGAUGAGUGAAGGAUGCUGGAGGCCUGAAGAAAGCACAUUGGUGAGUGUGAUCUCUGCUUGUGCUCAUUUGGGUGCUCUUGAUUUGGGAAGAUGCACACAUGGGUCAUUGAUCAGAAACAUAAGUGAACUCAAUGUUAUUGUGCAAACGUCCUUGAUGGAUAUGUACCUAAAAUGUGGCUGUUUAGAGAAGGGAUUAUGUUUGUUUCAAAUGACGACUGAGAAGAAUCAGCUGUCCUAUAGUGUGAUGAUUUCUGGGCUUGCGAUGCACGGACAGGGCAAGGAAGCUCUCAGAGUUUUCUCGGAAAUGCUUGAGGACGGCGUGGAGCCAGAUGAUGUUAUCUAUGUGAGUGUCUUGAGUGCUUGUAGUCACGCUGGCCUUGUCGAUGAAGGCAUGCAAUGCUUCGAGAGGAUGAGAUCCGAGCAUCAAAUAGCGCCAACAGUGCAGCAUUACGGUUGCCUGGUGGAUCUCCUGGGUCGAGCUGGGAUGCUCCGGAAAGCCUUGGAGCUCAUCAAGAGCAUGCCUGUCGAGCCAAAUGAUGUUGUGUGGCGAAGCCUUCUUAGUGCUUGUAAGGUACAUCAAAACCUGGAAAUCGGGGAAAUUGCCGCUAGAAACUUGUUCCAGUUAAACUCUCAGAAUCCCGGUGAUUACAUUAUACUAUCAAACAUGUAUGCACAAGCUCAAAAAUGGGACGAUGUAGCUAAAACCCGAAUGGAAAUGACUAGUAAAGCCUUGAAACAAACGCCAGGAUUCAGCUUGGUUGAGGUGUCAAGGAAAGUUUACAAAUUCGUGUCACAGGAUAAAUCACAUCGCGAAUGCAAUAAUAGCAUUUACGAAAUGAUUCACCAGAUGGAAUGGCAGUUGAGAUUCGAAGGGUAUUCCCCGGACACAUCUCAGGUGUUGGUUGAUGUAGAUGAAGAAGAGAAGAGAGAAAGAUUGAAAGCUCACAGCCAGAAGUUAGCAAUUGCAUUCACACUCAUAAAUACAUCUCAAGGUUCUCCCAUAAGAAUUGCGAGGAACCUUAGGAUGUGUAGCGACUGUCAUGCAUACACGAAGUACAUUUCAAUGAUCUAUGAGAGAGAAAUUGUUGUAAGAGAUCGAAAACGGUUCCACCAUUUUAAAGAUGGAACUUGCUCCUGUAGAGAUUACUGGUGAAUUCAUAAGUUAUUUUGUUACUGCAAGGA